AAGAUGUAUCACGUGCAAAUGAUCACGUGUAAAACACAUGAAAUCCUCAGGUGCGUUGUAAAACUUCCAAUUUACCCAAAUAUGUCAGAAAAAGCAUCAAUCGAUCUUGCCGGAGUCAAACAAAGUCGAGGCGUGGGCCUGUGGCUCGUAAAGGUUCCCAAGUAUUUGUCUCAACAAUGGGACAAAGCAUUGGAUAAUGGGGAAGUUGGCAAUCUCAGAAUUGGAAAGAAAGAAGGGAAAGAAGAGUUGUGUUUCAGGCUAAAUGAGGAACUGUGUACCCUGAGCUCUCGUGAGGUUGAAGUGAUGAAGAUCCCCAGAGACCAUCCCUUCACAAUGCCGCCAGUGGGGGGCCCAUCGCUCGCAGUCUACACCACGUCUGAAACAGGUGAAAUAAGCAUGGAGGGGAUGAUCGUCAAAAAGGCUGAAUGCAAGCCAGCAGCCCAGGGCUACAUGAAGCUCAAAAAACUGCAGCUCGAGGAGUCCACCAAACCACAGCGUCUGUCACAGCAGCUGGAGAAAGCCGUCACAAACAUCUAUAAGCCUGUGGCCAACCAUAUUGUCAAUGCGGAGUUCGAGAAGAAGAAACGGCAGGAGGGGAGAAUGGUCAGGGCAGAGCGACGGGUCGUGUUGGAUAUGCUCUUCUCAGCGUUUGAGAGACACCAGUAUUACAACAUUAAGGACCUAGUGGACAUCACUAAACAACCUGUGACUUACCUGAAAGAGAUAAUGAGAGAGAUUGGGGUAUACAACACCAAGGGAUUGCACAAGAGUACAUGGGAGCUGAAACCGGAGUACCGCCACUACCAGUCUACGGAGGUGGAGAGGGAUGAAGACUAGCCUGGAGGACCCAUUGCCCUUUCACACUGGAUACUUUCCUGGACCAGUGUCAACGGCAGAAAUAACAUUGCUCCUCACUUUGUUUUGAGUUACUUGAAUAACUGCCAGCUGUAUUACUUUAGAGACAGCCAUUGCAAAUAAAAUGAUAUGGCUAUUCAUUACUAGAUUCAUUAAU